AUGGUCUGCUGCGGACGUAACAACGGCACCUGCGUGUGCGCCCAGGAGGCUACUUGCUCUUGCGGAAAGCAGCCCGCGCUCCAGUGCACCUGCGACAAGGCCGCCACUGAGAACAAGCUCCCCUCUUCAGCAUGUGCCUGCGGAAAGCGCGCCGAAGACGCUUGCAACUGCAGCCGCUCCGAGACGGGCGCUUCUUCAAACCUCGAGACCGACUUCACCACCAAGAAAUAGAUUGGUCGUUGAGAUGAGAGCUGUGUGUCUCUGCACUUGAAGCAAGAGAGUGUGGCAUGGGCAGGGUGUUUUGGCGUUAUGGCGGGUUCAAGCCGCAGAGUGAUAAUGAUACCUAGUCUAAGUGGCUUAUGAAUGAAACAAACAACAUCUUGUCUA